AUGGAGGAAACCUACCUGCUGAACGUGGAGGGGGUCAAGAAGAAGAUCCUGCAUGGAGGUCGAGGGGAGCUGCCAAAGUUGCAGGAUGGGAGCAAGUUCACCUUCCACUUCCAGACGCUGAAGGACAACUUUGAGCGGACGGUGAUCGACGACAGCCGGGAAGCUGGAACACCCAUGGAGAUCAUCGUGGGCAAGAUGUUCAAGCUGGAGAUAUGGGAGACGCUGCUCAGCUCCAUGAGAAUCGGGGAGGUGGCAGAGUUCUGGUGCGACAUCAUUCACACAGGCAUGUAUGCCCUGGUCUCCAGGGGCAUGCGGAGGAUCGCGGAGGGACGGGACCCCUUGGAAGGGCAGAAGCACCGCUGCGGCAUGGGCAACAUGUUUGACUACCACAGCACGGGCUACGCCGACCUGGACGAGCUGCAGCGGACGCCGCAGCCCCUCAUCUUCGUCAUGGAGCUGUUCCGGGUGGAGGAGCCCUCAGCGUACAAGCGCGACACGUGGGCCAUGAACAGUGAGGAGAAGCUGGCGGCGGUGCCGGUGCUGCACAGCGAGGGCAACCGCCUCGUCCUCCGCAGGGAGUUCGCGCAGGCGGCCGCCAAGUACCAGGAGGCCGUGAUCUGCCUGAGGAACCUCCAGGCCAAGGAGAAGCCAUGGGAGGAGGACUGGCUGAAGCUGGAGAGCCUGGUCACACCGCUGGUGCUCAACUACUGCCAGUGCCAGCUGGAGCUCGGAGAGUACUACGAGGUGCUGGAGCACACGACGGAGCUCCUCCAGAAGCACAACGACAAUGCCAAGGCCUAUUUCAAGCGGGCAAAGGCCCACGCUGCAGUCUGGAACGAGCGGGAGGCGCGGGAGGACUUCAUGCGCGUGGCUCACCUUGACCCCUCCAUGGCGGCCGCCGUGAAGAAGGAGCUGAAGCAGCUGGGGGAGAGGAUGAGGAAGAAGCACGUGGAGGAUCGGAAGCGCUACCAGGGGCUCUUCCAGUCCCCCCAGGAGGCACAGUGA